CAGAACAUCAAACAUGGGCAAGAUCGUCUUCUACGAGGACAGGAACUUCCAGGGGCGCUCCUAUGAGUGCAUGAGUGACUGCUCUGACAUGUCCUCCUACCUAAGCAGGUGUAGUUCCUGCAGGGUGGAGAGUGGCUGCUUCGUAGUCUACGACCGUCCCAACUACAUGGGAAACCAAUAUUUCCUGAGGAGGGGCGAGUACUCGGACUACAUGUCUUUUGGCAUGAGUGACUCUAUCCAGUCCUGCCGUUUAAUUCCUCAGCACCAAGGCUCUUACAGGAUGAGGAUCUAUGAGAGGGAAAACUUCCAGGGCCAGAAUCAUGAGCUGAUGAAUGACUGCGACAACAUCAUGGAUCGCUACUGCCUGUCUGACUGCCAGUCCUGCAAUGUGAUGGACGGCCACUGGUUGAUGUAUGAGCAGCCUCACUACAGAGGAAGGAUGGUGUACCUGAGACCCGGAGAGUACAGGAGCAUGAGAGAUGUCGGAUAUAGCGGAAUGAGGCUCAGCUCCGUCAGGCGUAUAAUGGAAUCCUGUUGA